CACACAGUUGCACACACGGCGAGAAGACGUGAAACUCUCAGCUGGACGAGCCGGACACACGGACAGAGUGAUGUCAGAGUCUGCAGGACGCUCUGCCUCCGUCUCCUCCGUCUCCUCCAUCUCUCUGGUGGAGGUCAAGGCUGAGACUCAUCUAGUCCUCCAGGCUUUCCUCCAUCGGACCCUCUCGACCCCUUUGAAAGAGAGGCCUGGGAGAGUAGGAGGGGCUUACACAGACUUCAACAAGUACAGCUGCAUACCACAACCAAAAGCAAAGGAUGGCUUGGACUCUCAGACUGAAGAUGUCAGUUCGUCAGAUGAGAAGAAGUCUGGAUUCAAAGACUUCAUUAAGCAGCUGCCUCGUCGUAACACCUCACGCUCCUCUGCCAAAGACCCUAAAGGCUCGCUGGACCGGGACAGCCCAGCAAAACCACCACUCCUCAGAGACCAAGCAGAAGAUGAUGUCAUCUCCCCCUCCUCUACAUCAGAGGAUGAUGAUGAGAAGAAGCAGAAGAAGCUGAACAGGAAGAAGAUCAAAAGAAAGAUCUCAAAGUUCUUCAGGUUGAAGUUGGAGAAGGACAAAGAGGGGCAUGGAUCUAAGAAACCCACCACACUGUCAUUUAGCAAAGACCCAGAACCUGAGACCCUCGUCUCUCCCAACCACCCUCCUGAGUUCUACAAUGAGGUGGCUGAGAAGCUGGAGAAGAUCGCCCAGAGGUCCACCAGCAUGAAGAGACCCAGUCCCCCAGCCCGGCCUCCCCCAGCAGUGUGUGAUAAAGAGGCCGUGGUGCAGCAGCUGGUUCAGGUGCUCUCUGUGGAGGGAGACUCCAUCAACACUAAGAUCCAGUCAGACCCCUUCCUGCGCUCCAGCCUCACUCGUCUCUCUUACGCGUCGUUUGCCAAACUUCUGGACACUUUCACCAGCCGUCAAGUGUCUGAGGCCCCACCCCUGGCGCCGUCGGCCAGUCCAACGCUGCGACGCAUGGCCAUCACCAUGGAGGUGUCACGGCGGAUAGUGACGGCCACAGGAACCGUGCGCAUGCAGGGCUACGCAGAGUGCUACAUGGAGACCUUCGCCCCCUGGGUGAAGAAUCAGGGCGGAUGGGAGAACGUGGUGGAUCUGGAUGAGUCUGUGGAGUAUGACUAAGUUCUCAGAGAGACCAGGUGUCUGAUCAACUCUGAACUCUGGAUCAUCUGGUGAAGAGACGGACCUCACUCUGAUUUCCCACAGAGUCUCAUCUGGACUGUGAAAAGACUAGGUUCCAGAGGCCUCUUUGAUUUCUGAUGAUCUGGGAUCAGAAAGUACUUUGGCCACAGGUUUACAGAUUUUACCCAGUCAGAAGAAGAAGAAGCUGUUUGAUUGUUGUCAGUCACUGUGAGAGUGACAGCAGCUUGUACUGGUGCUCUGAGUGUUGGUAGUGGAUGUUUUACAUCAACGAACACACCUUUUGUCUUUUUAUUCUGUGAUUGUGUCAGUGAAGUAACUGAGACAACAGCAGAGAUGACUGACAGUAACAGACAGAAUGAAGCAGGUUUGUUGUAUUAGUGUCACAGACUGACAUAGAAUAAUGCAACAUAAUACAACACUUCCUGAAACCAGUUGAUUCAUAUUGGACAAAAAUGAAAAUGUCAACUCAGAUACUGAGUUUUUAUCUGGUUUUAAGAAGAUGUUUGGUUGGAAGAGUCAAUAGACAAACAAGCAAUUUUAAUGCUGGUGACAUCACAGUCCUCAUACUCACUGUCUCCCAUUCCUGAACUAGGGAGGCAGUAGACCGGCAUGUCAUAGACCAUAUUCACAUGGUGGCCAUUUUCCUCUGUCGUCAAGCUAAGCCUUAAACACUUUAAUGUGUCUGAAUAAAUCCUGCGCGAGAACAGCGAGAUGGUCGAAAAAUCAGAUUGACAGAUGGGCAGAUGAAGCUGCCAGAUGUUGAAGGUAACCGGAAACAUUGUAGUCUAAUGCUAGGCUAGUAAACGUGAAGUUUGCGAUUAACAUAAAUGUAAAUGUUACUGCACUAAAGUUAGAUGACAAAUGAAUCCACUGCACCAAUGAUACAGUAACAUGACAGUGAAACUGCUAACGUAACCGGUUGAAAAGAUAGCAAGGUAGCUAACGUUACAUUACAAACUUGAUUACAUGCAGUGUGUUUUACUUCCAGGCUGAACUAAACGUGUCUGUGAUCUGCAUUGAUAUUUAAGAUUUUUUUUUUUUUUAAGUUCCUUUUUUGGGCUUUUAAUGCCUUUAGUCUAGAUUCAGUGAAAGAGAGACAGGAAAGUUGGGGAGAGAGAGAGAGGGAAUGACAUGCAGCAAAGGGCCAUGGCCGCUGCAGUAAGGACUAAGCCUCAAUGCUGCGCACUCUACCAGGUGAGCCACUGAGGCUAAUAAAUUCAUGUCUUUCUUAUUGAAGCAUGUAGCACUAUCAAACAGUAAUGUUAGCCAAGAAGUGGUUGAAUGCUAGCGUUAGCAGUUGUCUAGCAGUAGCCAAUGGGUUAUCAAAUAUGUUGUUUUACCUUGAAAUAUUGGUCAGUGUCCCUUCAGAUAUUCAUUGUCCAUCGUCUUUUCUGUUGUUCAUCGAUCGGGAAGGAGGAAAAUGGCCGCAGUGUGAAUAUGGUCUAUGGCGUCACCGGCUGAGAGUGUGCGGGUUUCAGAGGCUACAUUCAGCCUCCAAGAACCUUGAUCAGUCAGCGGUACUGGUGCAGUGACAAGAGCUGAUCCCACAACAGCUUCACACAUAAACACCUUUACUUUUUAUUGUUGUUGUUUGUUAAACCUGCAACAACAAAAACUUCAUGAGACACACUGACUGAUCAUGUGUUUGGUCCCCACCAGCUCCUGAGGGAAACAUCUGGCUCUUUAGCUGCUAAUUGCUCCACUAUGUUCACCAGAUGUUGCGGCUGAAGAUGAAGCUAUGAGAGCAGAGAGAGUGAAGCGGAACAGUAAACAGCAAAACACUGAGCUGACUCACUGUAAAGAUGAGGGACGCUGCUGAUGAUUCUCUGGAGCUUCACCACUACCACUAACUCCUGAACAUUGUCAUUGAUACGUUGUUAUUAUUAUUAUAAAAAUAUUGAUUAUAGCUUCUUUAAAGGUGCUGUCUGUUAUGUAAUGUAAACCAAAGGCAAGCCUCGCUUCCAAAACUGCAACCAGCUGAUUGAAACAAGUUCACUGAUACAACUGUAAACACCAGGGUGUUUCUGUUGUUUAUUUAUAGUUUAUUUAUAGUUUUACAUUCAGGUUUGAAAGUAAUAAUAUGAACACACGUGUACUUUAUAUUAUAUGUAUAUAUAAUAUUUUCUGUUUGUUCUUACUGAAUCGAUGAUCGGAUACAGGUUCAGACGGACUGUAAUGACUUCCUCUGAAUACACCUGCAUCUGAAUAAAAGGAGAACUGUGUUCUUUUUUACUUUUAGUUCAACUGUUUUGUCUCAACUGUUAUUGCUUUAGUUUCACUUUGACAUAAGAGAAAGAACAUCUCUUAUCUCAUCCUCAUCUCUAAGAAUGAAUGGAGCUGGGAGAAGUAGGGACAGAAACAACAUAAAACCAUUCAUUAAUGAACUGAUGCUUUCAUGUCUGGUCUAUUUUAAAGACUGUUGACCCGCGGUGACCUCUGUAUCCAGUCU